CUGGCCCUUAAUAUGGAAAGCGGAACAUCAACGCGGAGACGUCAUGCGACCUCGCGCGAAGUGAAAAGGACAGAACGCAAGAAAUAUGGAUGAUGGAAUAUAUAGCUGGGAUUGGGCUGCGAUACGCUGUGGACUCUACACGCAAUUAAGAGACCACAACCAACACGACUGCAUCCUCAGGUCGUCUGCCAUCACUCCACUUCGAUAUACAGAGACUCAAUCGAUUCCAACAUGCGAUUCUUCUCGCUACUACCACCGGCACUUCUCGCUGCGACCGCCUACGCCAGCGAAGACGCCUCACCCCCAUCCCCCACACCCGCAGCUGACGAGCCCACGCCCGUAGGCGCCCUCUGGACCGCGCAAUGGGACACAACAACCCUAAAACCCUACACACAACACUGCCGCAACAAAAACACCUACAACGCCAAAAUCUACAAGCUCAACGAACUCUACCCCGACCUAAAAGAACAAGCCCCCCAACUAAAAGUCUUCUACAACAAGCAACUCUACGCGGGGUCCUGGGGCGGCAUCGACGUGUACGGCACCGGCCGCGAACUCAUCAAGAUGAACAUGGCAGACAUGCCGUAUAAAGUGCGGGAGUGGCUGAAGCGCGAGAUGCUACAACGACACUACAGUGUGCAAGAUGAUAUGGUGUUCUUUGCGCCGGGCGCGAUUUACCCGAUUCUGCCGCUGUGGGUUGAUGAUGCCGAAGAGGCGGAGUGUGAGGGUGUGUUUGAUGGGUUGGAGAGUUACUCGAAUGAACCGAAGGAUGGGGCGGUGAUUGGUAAGGUCAGUCAUACGAAUACGGGGGAGAAGGAAGUUAGGUUUACGGUGGAGGCGUUGAAGGUUAAAACUAAAAGUGAGAGGAAUGAGUUGUAGAGUUUGAGAUGGCGUUAGUGCUUUAGAUUUCGUUUUGUUGCCAGCUGUGUGGUUUGGCUCACGUUGGUUUUCUAGUCGCGUGUUCGUACCCAAUUGGUUCAUACAUUGCUAUGGGGUAUCGUGCGAUCAUUUCCUUUAAACCGAACGCCCUGCAAAACACUUCCUCUCUUGUAUUGUGAUGUAGCCUUGUCUUUUUACCUUACAGUCUCAAACAUUGAAUGUCUAGUCUUCGUAGGGC